AGUGAUAAUUAACUAAUGCAUAAAUAUUUUUUUCAGUGGGUGCCUGAGAUCACUCAUCACUGCCAGAAAACUCCAUUCCUUUUAGUGGGCACACAGAUUGACUUGAGAGAUGAUGCUGCUACAGUUGAAAAGCUGGCCAAGAAUAAACAGAAGCCCAUCACCUAUGAGCAAGGUGACAAGCUGAGCGCUGAGCUUAAGGCUGUAAAGUAUGUAGAAUGUUCAGCACUUACACAGAAAGGACUCAAGAAUGUAUUUGAUGAAGCAAUUCUUGCAGCCUUAGAGCCUCCAGAACCCCAGAAAGGAAGGAGAUGUAUUGUUCUGUAGGGU